GUGGAACUGCUGGUGAAAAAUAUUGUAAUCAGAAUGUAACUUUAUCAUUGCGAAGGUAAUUAUUUGUUUGUUUAGAGCAAGAAAUCAUCGCACGGUCCAGGAGAUAACUCGGCUCACUCUCUCACCAUGAGAUGCUCCUUGAUUACUAUGGAAUUAUUCUACUGUGCACCCCAUGGAGCUGCGAGUCAAUAACCGCAGAGCCAAACGGCACAACCAACGAACCUAUCUCUCUCGAUAAGGCAGAGCGUAGCGUUAACCUGAUCGAACAACCUCCAAAGACUGACAAUGAUCAAAAACUUGUACAUAUCCCGCUAAACGUCACAACCGCACCUUCCAACACAGCCACAAACCAAACGAAUGACAACCAUGACAGCGCCAAUACAACUAGCACCACAACUACCACUACAGAAAGAAUUGUCAAAAAAGAAAAAGAGAAGAGCGAAAAGAUUAGAGAGAGCAACUCAAGAUCGAUAGAUAUAGACAAGUAUGUCUCUCCUGAGUUCCAAGACAAUGAGUUCACGCUUUCCCAUUAUACGGACACUGAGAAGUAUGCAAAUCAUUUUGAAUAUGGGACGUCCUCCACUGGAAGAACGUCCUCAAGCUAUGAAAUGGACCUGACCACCCCCAAGACAGCGUACUUUGAUGAUAAGUUCAAAGAAGCAGUCCAAAAGCUUGAACAGGAGUUUGAAGAAAGUCACGAUAACGGAGAGCAUGACACUGAAGAAGAGGAUGAACAUGAGGACGCGAGAGAAAAUGAAGACGUGAAUGAUAAUAACGAUGAAAGUGAGGAUGAAGAUGAAGACACGCAAGGCGAAAAACCAGAAGAAAAACCUAAGAUCUUUCCCAACGCUACAGUGAAUUACAAAGAAACUAAAAAUGUUAUCAUGAAGAACAAUACACGUGGCAAAGGCGUGGCUAGAAACAACGUAGUAGUUGAGAAAGUAAUGAAAGUAAAUUACGUCUCUAACUUCAACGAUACGAAAGCUUACGGGUACAAGGACCAAACAACGGAGGCUCCCAGGAGUACAGUGCCUACAACCAGAAAGGGUACCACUUUAACUAAACCUCCGGUUGAUCAAAACAACAGUCACAUAUUGAGCAACAAGAUAGAAACUGAAACGAUAAAAGCUCUCAAUAUAGGAACUACACCUGUACCUUCUUCAACAAAAUCAAUGACCAAAGAAUCGUUGAGAGAUUUGACAAUGGCGCCUGACACAAUUACUUCCACGGAAAAGCUGUCUACAACUACAUACUAUGAGGCUUCUAACGAACCUGAAUCUACGGUCCAUUCGAGCGAGAUCACUACUUCAACAGAAGAUAUGACCACUACGAGUGUUCAAUCGACAGAAAAUUGGGACAGAACUAGCUCUGAAACACCCGAAUUCACUACAAUAUUUCUCGCUCACGAGUAUCCCAGAGAUGACUACACAUCUACAGAGUUAACAGAGAGUACCGAGGAACCUAUGGGCAGCUCAACAGUAGCAAUAUACGACACGACAGUUACGUCAUCAGAAGAACACAUGGUAGAAGUGACCGAAAAGAUGAUUCCAGUAGACUUUACUCCUGACGAUGAACUAGUGAACAUGACUACGACUACUUUCGACGACUUGACUACGACAGAGCAUGUUGUCGAACAUCAACACCCCUCUACUGUAGAGACGACUGUUACGCACAUUGUUCAGGACGAUUCCACUACUGGACCACAACAUGUUGAGGGUUCUUCAAGUGAAGUGCCCGUUACUACAGCUGCAGGUACCACAACGCUGUCACAUCAAAAUCAAAGUUCGUUCCCAGGAGUGGAACAAAUUCCUAGGAACUAUGAUGGAACUGAUGUGCCUUCCAGCCCCACAACUGAGCACGAGCUUACGGAAGCCUCCAUAGGUACAGAGAGCUCAGUAACUCCAUCAUACAGUGAUGAUAUCAAUCAAGGAAGGGUGGCUGCUAUUGUAAUCUCUUCAGUCGGAGCUGUAUGCCUAAUUCUCUUGGCAACUCUAUUGUACGUUAUAAGGAAGAGGCAAAAUAAAUUCAACUACAAGCAAAGAUGUAGACCAGUGGGCCUAGAUGACUACAGUGUUGAUAAUCUGUCAGUCUACAACAGUGUAAGAAGAAAGGGUCUUUACAGGCAGUCAAAGAGAUCUUAUGGAAAUCCUGCAUUUGAUGAUCAUGAGGUAACAACCCAUCCCCUAAACUUCCCAGCAUUGGCUAAAUUCGCGACAAACACUGUAGACAUGAAAGCCGAGUUUGAGGACAUUCCUCAGAUUACUGCUAAGACUAGUGAGCUACCUGAAGGCUGUGAGACAAAGAAUCGUUACGCUAAUGUGAUUCCUCUUCCUGAAACCAGGGUGUAUCUUAACGCUAUUGACGGACAACCGAAUAGUGAUUAUAUCAACGCUAACUAUGUUACGGGUUAUAAGGGUAUAAAAUCAUUCUACAUAGCGUGUCAAGCGCCGAUGCAAAACACGGUCGAUGACUUCUGGAGGAUGAUAUGGGAACAGCAAGUGAAGGUCGUAUUGAUGAUCACGCAUCUAUUCGAAAAUGGAGUGGAAAAAUGUGUCGAUUAUCUACCCCCGUCGGAAGUUUUGGAUUGCCAUAGGGUAUUUGGAGAUUUUCAGAUCACUCUGAAAAAGAGGGAUGUCAAGGACAAAUAUAUUAUCUCGAGCCUCCAGCUUAAGAACAUGGUUUCUAAUAGCUGGAGAGAAGUUACCCACUUCUGGUACUUAGGUUGGCCAGAUAAAGGAGUUCCUUCGGAAGCAAAUUCACUGAUAGCAUUUCUUAUUGAAGCGAGGAGUUAUAUGAAGACAAGUACGUUAGAUAAGAACUCUUCGGCUGCUGGUCUAUCAGGUCAACCUCAAAACGAAGUGAACCCUGUUGUGGUGCAUUGUAGUCCAGGAACAGGGAGAACUGGAGUGGCGAUCGCCUGUGACAUUGCCAUAAGGGAAUUCGAACAGACGAGACUCGUGGACGUUCCAAAAACAGUGUACAGGAUACGAAGAGACAGGGCGAACUCAGUACAGACUAAGGAACAGUACAUGUUCAUAUAUAAGGUCGUCAGCUUGUACGCAACAAAACUGACAGGUGGCGUCCUGGACCCGAUAUGACCGCCUAUUAGAUUUAGUAUUCUAGAAAUUAUGAUUUGUGAUACGUACACGUUUGCAUCUCAAAGUUGCUAAUUACCUAGUGACCAAAAAUGAGAUUUAUUGUAUUGUUAUUUUAGUUGUCUGACAAUUUUAUUGUAUAUACAUUUUAAUGAUGAACAAAUAUAGAAUUUUAUUUUUA